AUGAACGAUUUGGAUAUUAUAGCGUUAUUUGCAGUGGAUGAUGGUAAAAACGAUCUAAAUAACGCAUUACGUGUUAUACUCAAUGAAAUGAUAGAACCAUUACCAAAGUUGGAUGAAUUACAAGUACAGCAACUCUGGAUUUUAGCUAAACCAAAAAGUUUUCUUGCUGCUGGAGAUCGUUUUGGAUUAGCCAAAAGCACUGGUCACUAUGUAUUCAAAGAAAUUGUCACGAUUCUAGAUGGUUUAUUGCCAAAUUAUAUAAUAUGGCCCGACAGAAGGAAAUGUAAUGACGAAGCAAUUAUUUUUCAAAGACGUUCUCGUGGUAUUCCCGGUAUUAUUGGCGUGAUCGAUGAUUGCCAUAUACUAAUAAAAGCUUCAGGAGACAAUCCUAUAGAUUUUUAUAAUAGAAACAAGGUGCACUCGAUCAUAUUACAAGGCGUAUGCGAUCACAAGGCGCGUUUUAUUGAUGUUUUUCUUGGAAUGCCUGGGCGAAUGCACGAUGCUCGGGUAUUCAGACAAAGUGAAUUAUUUACACAAUUAAAUAAUGUUGGGAAUCCUUUGCUAUUCCCUAAUAUGCAUCUUAUAGGAGACUCUGCUUACCCAUUAAUGAUUAAUCUGAUGACACCAUUUCGUGAUAAUGGUCACUUGACGGCAAAACAAACUAAUUACAAUGUAAAGUUAAGUAAUAUCAGAUCUAUCAUUGAAAGAGCAAUCGGUCUAUUGAAAGGCAAGUUCCGACGAUUAAAGUAUUUAGAUAUAUCUACUCCAGCUUUAGGAAAUAUUAUAAUAGCAGCAGCGUAUAUAAUGCAUAAUUUUUUAAUUGAUCGAAAUGAAAUCCAUUUCGAACAUGAAGUACUAAUAGAAGAAGCGAUGCGAAUAGCUAACGACGGUGCAGAUGAAUUUGAUGAAGACUUUGUUGCAGUAGCUAAAAGAGAUAGAAUCAUGAACUUAUUACAAUAG